CCUUUUUGUGACUCGAUUUCUUUGAAUUCCUAAGAGAACCCCCUCUUCACUUCACAUAUCAACACAUAUUCCCCAAUAAUGGGUGCAACGGUGGUGCUAGGUGCCCAAUGGGGCGAUGAAGUCAAAGGAAAGCUUGUCGACGCCCUUCUCGCGCAGGACGCGUUUGACCUCGUCGCCCGGUGCGCCGGAGGUCACAAUGCGGGUCACACACUCGUCAUUAAUGGCGUCAAGUACCAUUUUCAUCUCCUUCCCAGUGGCUUGAUCAACAAGAAGGCCACCAACCUUGUCGGAAACGGAACCGUCGUCCACGUGCCCCAGUUCCUGAAGGAACUCAAGGAGCUCAAGGAGAAGGGUUGCGAUACCGACGGUCGCAUUUUCAUCAGUGAUCGUGCCCAUGUCCUCCUUACUCUUCAUAAGCGCCUUGAUGGUCUUGAAGAGGCCGAACUUGGCAGCGCCAAGGUCGGCACCACGGGCAACGGCAUUGGUCCCGCUUAUUCGAGCAAGGCCGCCCGCAAUGGUAUCCGCGUCAACAAGAUCUUUGACAAGCCCGGUUUCGACGACCUCCUCCGCCGCAUGGCAGCCGGUCAAAAGAAGCGAUGGGGCGACUUGCUUGACUACGAUGUAGAGCAGGAGAUCCGCGACUUUGACGAGUACCGCAAGAUCCUGAAACCUUUUGUCGUCGACUCCGUUGCUUUGGUCUCGCAGGCCCAGCGCAAGGGCAGCGAGAUCUUGAUUGAGGGUGCCAACGCCAUGCUCUUGGACAUUGACUUUGGCACAUUCCCUUAUGUCACUUCAUCAUCGACCGGAAUGGGAGGUGUCUUCACUGGUCUCGGUGGCAUCAAGCGCAGCAACAUCAAGGAAGUCAUUGGUGUUGUCAAGGCCUACACCACGCGUGUCGGUAGCGGUCCCUUCCCCACCGAGCAGCUCAACGCCGUUGGCGAGAGACUACAAGAACAGGGCGCCGAGUUCGGUACCACCACUGGUCGCCGACGACGUUGCGGCUGGUUGGAUCUUUGCAUCAUGCGCUACUCGCAUGUCAUCAACGAGUACACCGCUCUCAACCUGACCAAGCUCGACGUCCUCGACACUUUUGACGAGCUCAAGGUCGCCGUCAAGUACCGGGUCAAGCGCCCAGACGGCACCGUCGACGAGUACAAUGGCGAGAGCUUCCCUGCUGACCUGGCCCAGGCCGAGCACGACGGUCUCGAGAUUGACUACGUCACCCUGCCCGGCUGGAAGACCGACAUCACCAAGUGCACUACCUGGGACGAGCUGCCCCGCCAGGCCAAGACAUACGUCGAGUUUAUCGAAAAGGAGCUCAACGUGCCCGUCAAGUGGGUCGGUGUUGGCCCUGGCCGGGAUGCUCUCAUCGAGCAUUAAGAGCCUGACUUAGAGCUGCCGUCCCAAAUUCUUUUUUUGUUUUCUUUUUCUUUUUUUAGAAAUGAUAUGGCCUAUAACUGGCCCCUCCCUCCCCCCACGGCCCUCGUUUGGGUCCCCGAAAAUCCCCGAAAGGAAAAAAGUGAAAGCGCUUAUGAAUAUCACGAGUAGAAUUGUUCUUUUUUCUUUUUUUUGUGGUGGGCAGGCAGGCAGGCAGGCAGGCAGGCCUGAAUGUAAGUAGAAUGGCACGUGUAGGUGUAGGUAUUAGAAGAAGUAUGCGCAAAUAGUACCUACCUUAUAUAUCCCCAAGUUAUAAAUAGAUAUACCAUUUGAAUAGCGA